AUGGACUUCUCAUCAUCCGGCGACGUGAAGGCGGCGAUCAUGCGCCCCGCGGCUGCUGAUGCCGCCGCCGCCGCCGGCACGUCGACGCUGCUGCGGGGGUGGCGGGAGUUCCGGCGGAGCGGCGCGCCGGCGAGGUUCCUCUGCUUUGAGGACGGCAAGUGGGUCGACGUCACCGGGGAGGCGGUCCCGCGGCUGCGGCGGGCGUUCCAGGAGAGGAGGGCGAUGGCCGACGCCUCGUGCGGGGGAAAGGCGUACCUGUUCGACUUCCUGCGGAUGGUCAGGAUCGACGAGGCCACCGGCGAGGAGACCGGGCUGGCGUGGAUCGACCACCGCGGGGGCUGCUUCUUCCCGGCGCCCGCCGACUGCAGCGGAGGGAGGAACAAGCGCAAGAGGGACGACGGCGCGCCGGCGGCGGAGGACGAGGCCGAGUCGUCCUCGGGCGUGGACGAGCGCUCAGGGGAGAGCCCCGGGGUGGGGGUGGACGCCAAGAGGAGGAAGGCGUGGGGGAACGCGGCGGCGAGGCUCGAGGAGAACGACAAGUACUACCAGGUCGUCAGCAAGCUGUUCCUCAGCUACGGGAUGGCGCAGCGCGGCGCGGCGAUCACGGCGGUGCGCAAGAUCGCGCACGGCGCCAGGACCACCGCGUUCCAGGAGCAGGUGCGGCUGCUCGCCGAUGCGCGCGGAGCCGCCGCCGGAACCGCCAAGUUCGCCUGGUACGGCGCGUCCGCGGACGACGUGGCCGCCGUGGUGGUGCGAGGUUUCGCGAGGAACAACGCGACAAGGCUCGGCGCACGCAAGCACGGCGACGGCGUGCACCUUUCCCCGCCGCAGUGCCCCUACACGAGUGCCAUGCUGGCCAAGGCAGACGGGAGCGGCAAGGCGCACAUCGUGCUAUGCCGCGUGCUGAUGGGCCGGCCGGAGGCUGUCCCGGCAGGAUCUUCGCAGUCCUGCCCCAGCAGCCACAACUACGACAGCGCCGUGGACAAGCCGGAGAAUCCACAGUGGUACGUUGUGUGGAACAAGGAUAUGAACACCAGGAUCCUCCCCGAGUACGUGGUCAGCUUCAAGUGCUCCAAGCUGCAGCAGAUGCCAGAAUCGUCAGAAGCGACCUCAAAGCUGAAGAAGCGGUCACCAGUGGUUCGCGACAUGUUCCCUUCGCUUCUUGCAGAGAUCGAGCAGAUCGUGCCAGACAAGUGCAAUCUUCUGCAGGAGUCAUACAACAGCUUCAAGAUGGGACAGCUUAAGAAAGACCAGUUCAUCCGGUUCAUCCGCAGUUACGUCGGCGACAAAGUGCUGACCACCGUGGCCAAGAAACUCCGAGGAUGCUAA